AGGAAAGCUUUUUAUGAUUAAAAAAAGAUUCAACGAAGCUUCCUUAUAAUUCAAUUUAAAAAUGGUAAUAAAAAUCCAUCCAUAUCCACCAUCUUUUGUAAUAAAGCCUUGAUUAUCUUUUUUUUUUUCCCCCUCUUCUGGUAGUAGUUAGUAGUUGCAACCAACGAUAGAGGGAAAAGCUGAGUGUAAGUUGGUAAAAUAACGCGCGAAGCAGGGGAUCCGUUCAUCUAUCCAUUAAUUUGGACCGUACAAAAAUGGAAAAACCCGUGAAGUUUCCGGCAACACGACGGAAUUUAUAAUAAUAAGCGAUGGGGUUGUCGGACAAUUUGAAGGGAGUGAUAUUAGCAGUGGCGUCGAGCGCUUUUAUUGGCUCAAGUUUUAUUUUGAAGAAGAAAGGGCUCAAGCGUGGUGGUGCUUCGGGUAUUCGCGCAGGAGUUGGAGGUUAUACCUACUUACUAGAGCCACUUUGGUGGGCAGGCAUGAUAACAAUGAUCAUGGGAGAGAUUGCGAAUUUCGUGGCUUAUAUCUAUGCUCCUGCUGUUCUAGUGACGCCGCUUGGUGCUCUAAGUAUAAUUGUGAGUGCUUGCCUGGCACACUUUUUGUUGAACGAAAGAAUUCAGAAAAUGGGGAUUGUAGGUUGUGUUUCCUGCAUUGUUGGUUCGGUGGUGAUUGUAAUUCAUGCACCGCAAGAGCAUACCCCGAGUUCCGUACAAGACAUAUGGACUCUAGCAACACAACCAGCUUUUCUGGUUUAUGUAGUAGCUACACUUUCAGCAGUUUUAGCUUUGGUUUUGCAUUUUGAGCCUCAUUAUGGACAGACAAAUAUACUGGUUUAUUUGGGAAUAUGUUCAUUGAUGGGUUCUCUUACGGUUGUUAGCAUCAAAGCCAUUGGAAUUGCUAUAAAGCUUACAUUGGAUGGGAUGAGUCAGAUUGCUUAUCCUCAAACUUGGUUUUUUCUUACAGUUGCUGUUAUCUGUGUCAUUACACAAUUAAUUUACCUCAAUAAGGCCCUGGAUACAUUCAAUGCCACACUUGUUUCUCCGGUAUAUUAUGUGAUGUUCACGACUUUUACCAUUAUCGCUAGUGUAAUCAUGUUUAAGGACUGGUCAGGCCAAAAUGCAGGCAGCAUUGCUUCUGAGAUAUGCGGACUCAUCACCGUGCUCUCGGGAACAAUCAUACUUCAUGUGACAAGAGAACAGGAACCACCUCCUCCUCCAGUAGGAACCGUGACAUGGUUCAUCAAUGGCGACUCCUUAAAGAGUCCCGAGGAAGAACAUUUAAUCACUCACCACCGUCUCGAUGAGUAUUAUGAGCCAUGAGGUUUUGCCAUUCUAAGAUGACUGCUCUCACCCCCUCAAUUGUACAUGUGGAAACCAAAGCAAAGAAAGAGUUACUUUGU